CACACCAGGAGAGACAAACAGCUGCUGUGGCAUUUGUUUGUCUCCCCUGGUGUGUAAUUAUCCUCGUUCUGCAUCUGAUGAAGUACUUUAAAUGAAAACAUUGUGGAGUUUAAGAAAUGUUAAUGUGGUUUGGUUCGUUGGAAUAAAGCUGUUUUUAUUCGUUUUGUGGCUGAACCUCCCUUCUUUGCGUACCUCGGACUUUUUACUGGUGAUUUUUUGGUACCUUGGUGUGCUUUUUUUACAUUUACUCAUGACAUUUAGCUGGAAAAAUCUCUAACCAAUGGGGAUAGAGUCAGUACGCAGAGUACCGCUGAGCAGCAGGACUUUUCUAAUGGCUUAUGCUUACAGGACAGCAAAAUAAGAGAAAAAAUCAGUUUACCCUUUUGCUGGACAGCACAGCUCCAUUAGAUAUUGUGUCAAAUCAGACAAUGAACUCCAAAAAUGCAAGGAACUCCAAAGGGCCAUGAAACAGGUGCCAAGAUCACCUCUAUUUGCUUGUGUUCAAAGAAGCAACACAGAGGAAUGUAUUGCAGCAAUCAAGGAAAAGAGAGCAGAUGCAAUUACUUUGGAUGGAGGUGAUAUUUAUUCUGCAGGCCUAGACCCAAAUCCACUUAAACCAGUCGCAGUAGAAGAAUAUGGUAAUGCCUCCAUUUCUGACACUUGUUAUUAUGCUGUGGCUGUGGUGAAAAAAGGUCAGAAUUUUAAUUUCAAUACAUUGAAAGGAAAAAAAACAUGUCACACAGGACUGGGAAAGUCUGCUGGCUGGAAUGUACCAAUUGGGCGUCUCAUAGAAAAAGGACAUAUUACAUGGACUGGACCAGAAGAUGAACCUCUUGAGACUGCUGUGGUGAAGUUAUUCUCUGCCAGCUGUGUCCCAGGAUCCAGCAGUUACAGGCUCUGUCGUCUCUGUAAAGGAAUCAAUAAAAAUAAAUGUACCAAGUCACAGAAUGAACCUUAUUAUGGAUAUGAAGGAGCUUUUAAAUGUCUUAAGGAUGGUGCAGGAGAUGUAGCUUUUGUUAAACACACAACUGUUCCAGAGUCUGAACGAGACAACUAUGAGUUACUGUGUGAUGAUGGCAGUAAGAAAAAGGUAAAUGAAUAUGAGAAAUGUAACCUGGCCAGGAUUCCUGCUCAUGCUGUUGUCACUAGAGAUGACAAGAAUCUCAUGGAUAAUAUCUGGAAAUUUCUGGACCUAGCCCAGGAGAAUUUUGGCAAGAAAUCCAGAAAACCAUUCAAGCUUUUCAGUCACAGACUUGGAAGUGAUCUUAUGUUUAAAGAUUCUACCUACCGUUUAGUGAGGGCACCAGAUCAAAUUGAUUCUUUUUCAUUUCUUGGAACAAAAUAUGUCAGCGCUGUUAAAGCUCUUACACAAGGCUCCAAAAGUGACAGCAUAAGUUCAAGACACAUAAAAUGGUGCACAAUCAGCAGAAAGGAGUCUGAUAAGUGUGACAGAUGGAGUUCACUUGAAAACACCUUAGAGUGUAAGAAGCAAAGUUCCACUGAAGAAUGCAUUUCAGAGAUCAUGAGAGGAGAAUCUGAUGCUAUGGCCCUGGAUGGGGGAUACAUUUAUACUGCAGGCCAGUGUGGUCUAGUGCCAGUUAUGGCCGAAUACUAUGAUAAAGAUAAUCUUGAACCUUGUCAAAAUACAAAAGCGGCUACAAAUGUAGGUGCCUACUAUGCUGUAGCAAUUGUCAAGAAAGGUAGCAAUUUAAAGUGGAGUGGACUGAAGAGUAAGAAAUCAUGUCACACAGCAGUGGGAAGGACUGCAGGCUGGAAUAUCCCCAUGGGUCAGAUCUACAGAAAAACCAAGACCUGUAAUUUUGAGCAUUACUUCAGUCAAAGCUGUGCUCCAGGUUCUAAUAUUUCCUCCCAACUCUGUGCUCUGUGUGUUGGACAGAAAAGUAUAGACAGAAGAUUUAAAUGCAAAAGUGGACAUGAGGAGUUGUAUUACGGGUAUUCUGGUGCUCUCAGGUGUUUGGUUGAAAAAGGAGAUGUUGCUUUUGCUAAGCAUACAACUGUCUUGGAGAACACAGAUGGAAAUAACCAAGAAAUUUGGGCAAAAAACCUGAAAUCAACUGACUUUGAACUACUUUGCCUUGAUGAUAGUCGAGCUCCUGUUGCUAAUUACAGGAAAUGCUAUUUGGCAAAAGUCCCUGCUCAUGCCGUAGUGACCCGACCUGAAAAACGUAAGGAAGUUGUCAAUUUCUUAAAAAGACAGCAGGUUAUGUAUGGACAUGAUGGAACAGACAAAGAAAAAUUCAUAAUGUUCACGUCUGAUUCUGACAAUGACCUUUUGUUCAAGGAUUCAACUCAAUGCCUUACUGAGGUUGCUGAUGGUACAAGCUAUACAGACUUCUUGGGGAAAGACUAUAUGGAGUCAAUGAAUGGAUUAAAUACCUGCUCUCCUGCAACAGACCUGCAGAAGAUCUGCCAGUUUCACAGAUGCCCAUAGGACCUGCACAUUUCAUUUAUGUUUCACUUCUGUGUUAAUCAAGUACCUAACAUGCUGCACAAAUAAGAGAUUUCCUGUUAAGAUAUGUGAAUUUACUGUUAAAAUAUUUUAAAUGUGCUGCUCUGAAGUGGUAAAAAUAAAUAUAAAAACA